AAAAAAAAAAAAUGCAACCUCCCAAAAUAAAGAGCAAAGAUUGCAUUAGGAGCGAACAGCGCUGCAGAAAUAGAUGGCAGCUUCGUGUCAGUGAGUUUGCAUCCCCUUUCCUGAUCCACGAGCUGGAGUGAUUAGAGCCCUGGAAGGGAAUUGUUACUCCCGUGGAGAAGUCCCCUUUUCCUGGCAGCCGUCUGCACUUGUACAUGCUGGAUGCCUCUCUCCAUCCACCCCACUCACUCUCUCCUCUCUCACCUCCUCUCUUCCUCUCUCCUGCAUUGAUUUUUUUUUUCCUUUUUAGUUGACUGAAACAAAACAAAACAAAAGGGCCACUGGAUGUCUGCCUUCUUGGGGGGUGAGCCAGACAGACUGACAAACAAACAGACCCAACUGUGUUCGGGGGAGGGUUUCUCCUCCCGUUUUGCCCGGCAGCAGCAGCAUGGACGUGUUGGCUAGUUAUAGUAUAUUCCAGGAGCUACAACUUGUCCACGACACCGGCUACUUCUCAGCUUUGCCAUCCCUGGAGGAGACCUGGCAGCAGACAUGCCUUGAAUUGGAACGCUACCUACAGACGGAGCCUAGGAGGAUCUCGGAGACCUUCGGUGAGGACUUGGACUGUUUCCUCCAUGCUUCUCCUCCCCCGUGCAUUGAGGAGAGCUUCCGGCGCUUGGACCCGCUGCUGCUCCCUGUGGAAGCCACCAUCUGCGAGAAGAGCUCGGCAGUGGACAUUCUUCUCUCUCGGGACAAGUUGCUAUCUGAGACCUGCCUCAGCCUCCAGCCAACCAGCUCUUCUCUAGACAGCUACACAGCCGUCAACCAGGCCCAGCUCAACGCAGUGACCUCAUUAACGCCCCCAUCGUCCCCUGAGCUCAGCCGCCAUCUGGUCAAAACCUCACAGACUCUCUCAGCCGUGGAUGGCACGGUGACGUUGAAACUGGUGGCCAAGAAGGCUGCACUCGGCUCGGUCAAGGUGGGAGGGGUGGCCACGGCAGCGGCGGCCGUGGCGGCAGCUGGGACAGUUAAGAGCGGACAGAGCGACAGUGAGCAAGGAGGGGUGGGGGCCGAGGCAUGCCCCGAAAACAAGAAGAGGGUUCACCGCUGUCAGUUUAACGGGUGCCGGAAAGUUUAUACAAAAAGCUCCCACCUAAAGGCCCACCAGAGGACUCACACAGGUGAGAAGCCUUAUAAGUGCUCAUGGGAAGGGUGUGAAUGGCGUUUUGCACGAAGCGAUGAGCUCACGAGGCACUACAGGAAACACACAGGUGCAAAGCCCUUUAAAUGCAACCACUGCGACAGGUGUUUUUCCAGGUCUGACCAUCUUGCCCUCCACAUGAAGAGACAUAUCUAAAACCCCUAAAGGCCAGAGUUGUCAUGGCGUCGGCCGUUGUCUGAAGGAAAUGCCGUGAGGCAGGGGGCUGGACUUCAGGCGGGGUUCCAUUACCUCGCAGAAGAAAGUUCUCACUCAUAAACCUCUGUGUACACACACACACACACAC